AUGGACCUCAUGCCAUCCGAUCUUCAGACACUCUUGAAGGCGAAGCCGAUUGAGAGCGAAUUUGUUCAGUUUUUCCUAUACCAGAUGAUGCGCGGCCUGAAGUAUAUUCAUUCGGCUGGUGUGGUUCACCGUGACCUUGCGCCAUGGAACAUUUUGAUCAAUGAAAAUUGCGACGUCAAGAUUUGCGAUUUUGGGCUGGCGCGAGUUCAAGAACCCCACAUGACGGGCAACGUUCCAACCAGCUGUUACCGGGCCCCGGAGAUCAUCCUUGCGUGGCAAAGCUAUGACGAACAGGUUGACAUUUGGAGUGCAGGGUGCAUCUUUGCCGAAAUGCUGCGAGGGAAACCGCUUUUUCCUGGGCAGGGCCAUGCCCACCAGUUUUGUGUUAUCACAGAAGUGCUUGGCACACCCCCCAGAGAUGUCAUAGCCAAGAUAACCACCCCGAAUACACUGAGUUUCAUCGAGUCGCUUCCGAAGCGUGAGGCCAAGCCGCUGUCGGAUUUUCUUCCAAGUGCUGGUCUCAAAGCAAUCGACCUCCUUGAAAGGACAUUGGUUUUUGAUCCGCACGGGCGUAUCUCCGCUUCCGAGGCUCUAGCCUCUCCGUAUCUUGCGCCUUAUCAUGACCCCACAGAUGAACCGGUCGCUGAAGAAACAUUCGAUUGGACCUUCAAUGAAUUGGAUCUCUCAGACGAUGCGUGGAAAUCUGAAUUGUACGCCGAUGUCCUAGAAUACUAUGAGAAAAAGGAACUCCAGGAGUCUGCCGGGAAAAACAAUGACAAGAAGUCAACGCCACCCCUGGCCCAGGAGUAUUCCGCAGCUCAAACGUGGAUGGUGAUUUGUAUUGAAAAGACUGUUCAGCGCGUGUCGCCGUCGUUCCAUGUUGGAUAUCAGCGGCAUUCAGCCCGGUUCAGCUACGACUGGAGAGUGUUGGUCAUUAUGACCAACCAACUUGAACAUUAUGAAUCUCUCAAGCGCGAUAUCUAUCCAAAGUUUUACCUUGAGGUGGCCAAAAUUGUCGACCAAGCCCUCGGAACAUAUCUCAAGUCUUUCCCUGUCGUCACCCACCUCCGCCACAAUCUUAGGAAAUAUAGCCACGCCACCUUCCACAUUCUCGUUCGAGGAUCACACACUUGGAUAUUUAAAUGGGACAGCUCGCUGCAAGAGAUUGGAUUUGUUGGGGGAGCAUUCGACAACGGCGUGGCUAUACAGGCUGAGGUGUCGAAUGAGGCGACAAAUUUGAACACAGACAACCAAUUCGAGCAACCUACAGACCCAUCAAUCUCUUCUUGUGGCUUCUUUAUUGAUGAGACCCAGAUAUCACUUGGAAAUGAUACUGGCACAUACGCGUAUCCCACACAAGCCGUCGCCGAUGAACUCGUCGAAAGAUACUUCAAAAGUUACGCAUCCUCCCUUCCUAUUGUUGGCAACGAGAUAUUCCUCGGCCAAUGUCGGUCUUUCUAUUCGAACGAUACAGCCCGGGAAUAA